AUGAGAUCUACUGAUACGUAUCAAGUUGAAGUCGAUGAAAGGAAGGGCCCUGAUCCUUUUGUUACUUUGUCCUCUACAUCAAAAGGAAAUGACCUUGAAUUUAUAGCUUUCAGAAUUCUUAAAAGGACUAUGAAGAUUGAUUGUCCUGACGGUGAUGGGGGAAUAGAUAUCUUUGGAAACUUUGAAGGGUAUUUGAUUUUAAUUCAAUGUAAAAACUAUAUAGAUGCAAAGGUAAGCAUCGAUGAAAUUAGAGCAUUUGAAGGAAUGAUGUCAAAAUAUCCUAAAAACACCACAAUAGGAAUUUACGUGACAUUUGUUACGGAUGGAUACUCAAGAUUUGCAAUUGAAAGAGCAGAAUCAUCUAAAUUAAAUCUUUUAUUAACAAAUGUGUCUAAUAUGCGUCAAGAUAUUUUGAAUUACAUGUCUAAAAAGUUAGAUAAGGAUUCUGAAGAAGAAAAUCAUAUAAUUGAAGAAAUAAUUUUUAAGGCCGAAGAAGAAAUUCGUGCAAUGAACGAGGAUCAUAAAAGAAGAAUAGCAGAUUUAGAAAAAAAAGUUGAC